AUGUCGAACGUUUACUUCCCAUACUCCAAGGCGCCACUGCGCACUAUAAAGGAAAUUCAGUUUGGUCUCUUCUCGCCUGAGGAGAUCAAACGGAUGAGUGUGGUCCAUGUCGAAUACCCGGAGACAAUGGAUGAGCAGCGGCAGCGACCGCGAGCAAAGGGGUUGAAUGAUCCUCGUUUGGGUACGAUCGAUCGUCAGUGGAAUUGCGAGACUUGCGAAGAAGGUCAAAAGGAAUGCCCGGGGCAUUUCGGUCACAUCGAACUCGCAACACCGGUUUAUCAUAUUGGUUUCUUGACCAAGAUCAAGAAACUGUUGGAAACUGUCUGCCACAACUGUGGAAAGAUCAAAGCCAAAACGGAUGACUCUAGAUUUCUCCAAGCCUUGCGAACGAGAGACCCGAAGAGGCGUUUCGAUCAGAUCUGGCGACUUUCCAAGGACGUGUUGGUCUGUGAAGCCGAUCCUCCCGAGGAUGAGGAGGACCCAUUUUCGAAAGAGGGCAAGGAAAAGGGCAGUGGUCAUGGUGGUUGCGGUAAUGCUCAACCUACGAUUCGCAAGGAAGGGAUAUCGUUGGUCGGAACAUGGAAGCCCAGCAAGAGCAUGAUGGAGGAGGACGAUAUGCCACAGCCCGAGAAGAAGACCAUCACUCCGCAGAUUGCUCUCAACGUCUUCCGCAAUAUCUCCUAUGACUCUGUUCGCAUCAUGGGUCUGAGCAACGACUAUGCUCGUCCCGAAUGGAUGGUCCUUACCGUCUUGCCAGUUCCGCCCCCUCCAGUUCGCCCAAGUGUUCUUGUUGGUGGUAGCACCAGUGGCCAGCGUGGUGAGGAUGAUUUAACCUACAAGUUGGCUGAAAUUGUCCGAGCGAACCAGAACGUUCAACGUUGUGAGCAGGAAGGUGCUCCUGAGCACGUAGUGCGCGAGUUCGAGUCUUUGUUGCAAUACCAUGUUGCUACCUACAUGGACAACGACAUUGCUGGUCAACCUAAGGCCAUGCAAAAAUCGAACCGACCUGUUAAGGCUCUUCGCUCUCGGUUGAAGGGUAAAGAAGGUCGUCUGCGGCAAAACUUAAUGGGCAAACGUGUGGAUUUUUCCGCUCGUACUGUCAUCACGGGUGAUCCCAAUCUGUCGCUUGAUGAAGUCGGUGUGCCUAAGAGUAUUGCCAGGACUUUGACUUAUCCUGAAGUUGUUACGCCGUACAAUAUCGAGAAGUUGCAACAUCUCGUUUCAAACGGCCCCAAUGAGCACCCUGGUGCUCGUUAUAUAGUCAGAGACAAUGGUGAACGUAUCGACCUUCGCCAUGCGAGAAGGGCCGGCGGUCAGCAGCUUCUUUAUGGAUGGAAAGUGGAACGCCAUGUCAUGGAUGGCGAUGUCAUUCUGUUUAACCGACAGCCGUCUCUUCACAAGGAGUCUAUGAUGGGUCACCGUGUACGAGUGAUGCCGUAUUCGACUUUCCGAAUGAACUUGUCUGUUACGAGUCCUUACAACGCUGAUUUCGACGGUGACGAAAUGAACUUGCACGUGCCGCAGAGCGAGGAGUCCCGCGCAGAACUCAGCGAGCUUGCGUUGGUUCCCCAUAACAUUGUAUCGCCUCAGCGUAAUGGUCCCCUCAUGGGUAUCGUCCAAGACACACUCUGUGGUAUCUACAAGGUUUGUCGGCGGGACACCUUCUUGACCAAAGAGCAGGUUAUGAACAUUAUGCUUUGGGUUCCUGACUGGGACGGAGUCAUCCCACCACCGGCUAUUAUAAAGCCUAGACCCAGAUGGACAGGGAAACAGAUGAUCAGUAUGGCGCUUCCCUCUGGGUUGAACCUUCUUCGUGUGGACAAGGACAACUCUGCGCUCGCGGAGAAGUUUUCUCCAUUAGCCGACGGCGGUCUUCUUAUUCACGGAGGCCAGCUCAUGUAUGGAUUGCUCUCCAAGAAGACUGUCGGUGCUAGCGGUGGUGGUGUUAUACACACCAUCUUCAAUGAAUAUGGUACAGACGCUACAGUGGGCUUCUUCAACGGCGCUCAAGCCAUCGUCAAUUAUUGGUUGCUGCACAACGGUUUCAGUAUUGGUAUCGGUGACACGAUCCCAGACGCGCUUACAAUUCAGAGAAUUGAAAACUGUGUCCGCAAUCGAAAGAAAGAGGUUGAAGAAAUCACUGCCACUGCCACGGAGAACCAGCUUGAGCCACUGCCCGGUAUGAACGUGCGAGAAACCUUUGAAAGUAAGGUCUCGCGCGCUCUUAACAAUGCUCGUGAUGAAGCCGGUAGCGAGACCGAAAAGAGUUUAAAGGACCUCAACCACGCCAUUCAGAUGGCUCGCUCUGGAUCUAAGGGCUCGACUAUCAACAUUUCUCAGAUGACUGCUGUCGUGGGACAACAAUCCGUGGAAGGAAAGCGUAUUCCCUUCGGUUUCAAAUACCGAACAUUACCGCACUUCACCAAGGACGACUAUUCGCCAGAGUCCCGUGGCUUUGUUGAGAACUCGUACUUGCGUGGCUUGACUCCAACCGAAUUCUUCUUCCAUGCCAUGGCUGGUCGUGAGGGUCUUAUCGAUACCGCUGUCAAAACUGCUGAAACUGGUUACAUCCAGCGUAAGCUGGUUAAGGCAUUGGAAGAGGUUACCGUCAAGUAUGAUGGCACUGUCCGCAACUCUUUGGGCGAUAUUAUUCAAUUUAUCUACGGUGAAGAUGGUCUCGAUGGUGCUCACAUUGAGAACCAGCGUGUCGACAUCAUUAGGUGCUCCGAUGACAAGUUUAGAGACCGUUUCCGUGUUGAUCUCAUGGACCCAGAACGGAGUCUUGGACCUGACGUCUUGGAGCAGGCCAACGAAAUCGCAGGUGAUAUGGAAGUCCAGCGGUACCUUGACGAGGAAUGGGAAGCGCUUCUCAAAGACCGUGCAUUCCUCCGUACCGUUGCAAAAGAAGACGAAGAAAUGAUGCAGCUUCCGAUCAAUGUGCAAAGAAUCCUUGAAAUGGCAAGAAACACAUUUAGAAUUCGCGACGGAACCAUCAGUGACCUGCAUCCUGCAGAGGUUGUUCCUCAGGUCCAGUCGCUGCUUGAUCGCCUUCUGGUUGUUCGUGGCGAUGACCCUAUUUCCCACGAGGCCCAGGAGAACGCCACUUUGUUGUUCAAGGCGCAGCUCCGUAGUCGACUGGCGUUCCGGAGACUUGUCACCGAAUAUUCAAUGAACAAGCUCGCAUUCCAACACGUGAUUGGUGCUAUCGAAAGCCGUUUCGCAAGGGCCGCUGCCAGUCCUGGUGAGAUGGUCGGUGUCCUCUCUGCGCAGUCCAUUGGUGAGCCUGCUACGCAGAUGACAUUGAACACUUUCCACUUUGCUGGUGUUUCAGCCAAGAACGUUACUCUCGGUGUACCUCGUAUCAAAGAAAUUCUUAACGUCGCCACGAAUAUCAAGACUCCGUCGAUGACUGUGUACCAGGAGCCUACAAAGUCACACGACAAAGAGGGUGCCAAGCAACUGCGUAGUGCUGUAGAGCACACCAGUCUGAGAUCGGUUACCGAAGCUACCGAAAUCUACUACGAUCCCGACAUCCAGACCACGGUGAUUGAGAACGACAGGGAUAUGGUAGAGUCCUACUUCAUUAUCCCAGAAGAUGUCACGGAUGACUCUUCUCGGCAAUCAAAAUGGUUGUUACGUAUCAUCCUUAGUCGACCUUCGCUUCUUGACAAGGGUCUUACAGUGCAGGACGUUGCGUCGAGAAUCAAGCAAGCUUACCCUAAGGAUAUCGCAGUUCUCUUCAGUGACAACAACGCUGAUGAGCAGGUUAUCCGUAUCCGUCAAAUUCAGGAUAGCAAAGAAGAUGAAGAGGAUGAUGACAUUGAGUACGAUGUUACACUCAAGAAAUUGGAGCAGCAUCUCUUGGAUACUCUUACUCUUCGUGGUGUCCCGGGCGUUGACCGAGCAUUCAUCAACGAGAAGAACAACGUCCGAGUGCUCGAAGAUGGCUCCCUCUUCACAAGCAGGACAGACCCACUCUGUAAACAAUGGGUUCUCGAAACCAGCGGUUCUUCUUUGGGCGCAGUUCUGGCGAUUCCUGGAGUCGACGCUUCGCGUACCUAUUCGAACCAAUUCAUCGAAGUCUUCGAAGUCUUUGGUAUCGAAGCUGCACGUUCAGCGGUCCUCCGUGAAUUGACACAGGUGUUGGCCUUCGACGGUUCGUAUGUCAACCACCGUCACCUGGCGUUGCUGGUCGAUGUUAUGACCGUUCGUGGAUACUUGACCCCGGUUACUCGUCACGGUAUCAACCGUGCGGACAAUGGUGCGCUUAUGCGUUGCUCUUUCGAAGAGACGGUUGAAAUUCUCCUGGAGGCGGCCGCCUUUGGAGAGCUUGACGAUUGCCGCGGUGUUUCCGAGAACCUAAUUCUUGGCCAGAUGGCACCAGCCGGUACGGGAGAGUUCGACGUUUACCUGGAUCAGAACUUGCUAAAUACUGUUGUCUCGAACAACGCACGGUAUGGUGUUAUGGGAUCAAUCGGUGCCAAGGAUGCUAUCAUCUCUGAUGGUGCUGCGACCCAAUACGACACUGGUUCUCCCAUGCAGGAGAGUGCGUACAUCGGCACUCCCGACCCCGAAUCGAACUUCUCCCCGAUUCGCCAGGCCGGCGCCGAGACUCCUGGUGGCUUUACAGACUACCAGCCAUCUGCUGGGUUCGGUGGGUUCAGCCCAGCGGCGACGAGUCCGGCUGGAUACUCCCCCACAAGCCCAUUCAACACAAGUCCAACGUCUCCUGGCUAUUCUCCGACAUCGAGUUACUCUCCUACGUCGCCUGGCAUGUCUAUCACUAGUCCUCGUUUCAUGACAUCGCCUGGUUUCUCUCCUGCUAGUCCAUCGUUCGCCCCUACGUCGCCUGCUUACUCGCCUACGUCGCCAGCAUAUGGACAAGCGUCUCCGACGUCUCCGUCCUACUCUCCGACGUCGCCUGGGUUUUCUCCCACCUCGCCCAACUACAGCCCGACAUCGCCAAGCUUUAGUCCGGCUUCUCCUGCCUUCAGCCCUACGUCACCUAGCUACAGUCCGACUAGUCCUGCUAUUGGUGGUGCAGCCCGACACUUGUCUCCCACUUCACCUACCUCUCCCAAGUAUACGCCCACAUCUCCAGGCUGGUCACCUACCAGUCCUCAGCAGUAUUCACCAACUUCGCCAAACUUUGCUGGCUCACCUACGUCUCCUGGCGGGCCGACGUCCCCCAGUUACAGCCCUACUUCACCAGCAUACAGCCCUACGUAA